GUGUUGACAGAUGGUAUGUUUGGGAAGUGUCACUCUGUUCCAGUGAAGGAGGUUUACACCUACGAUGUUUCCCCGUCUGUGGUGCAACGCUUCAGGAUGCUGCUGGAGAAGCUGUCCAAUAGAGGUCUGACUUGGGAAGACGACACCACCCAGCAAGUUCUGUCUAAAGAAUUAUCCGAACUGAGAAGGAUUCCCUACCGACUGCCACAGAGCGGACCCAUCUACAAGUCUGACAGGCCGGUUGCCGAGGCGAUGGACCCGAUGGACCAGAGGGUGAAGCCAGUUGAGGUGGAGCUCAGUAGAAACCUGCAGACGUACCUCCAACGCCUCGGCCUCCUUCCCAAGACUUCGUCUGCUGCCAGCCUGAGCACCUCUGGCAAGAGUGAUCGUUUCCAAUCAGGCAUCCCUGCAGACUUCUAUCGCUCCAAGGCUCAGACUGUGGCUGAGAAGGCAUCUCCCUCCAGCUUCUCCUCCUCUCUUUCAUCUUUCCAACCUCCGCAGAAGCAGAGACCUCCAGCCGACCAGCUUCUCGACAUGCAGGAUGAGGGUGACCUUCUCCUGGGCGCCCUGAGGCGGUAUCUCUCCGGGCGUCUGUCCCUGCACGCUGGGGGUGGAGGGGGGCAGCAGCAGCAGGCCCCCCUGUCCCGCCUCAGGCCCUCCUACAUUAACGGAAUAGAAAUCUCGGGGUUAAAAAAGGAGACGUCAAAAUCCAGACUUCCAAAGAUGGGAAGAACUCAAGGGUCUCCGGUGAAGCAGCCGCUGACGUAUGUGGACGAGCGCUUCAUCCAGAACGUGUUGAAGAACGUCGGCAGGCAGCACUUAGACGUGGACAACCUGUCCCAGCAGGAUGUGGACCAGCUCUCCAGACUCAUAGCCGACGCUCUGCAGGUGGUGGACCACGACAAGGGUCCCAACAUGGGUUUGACCCGGUCGAGACCUGGGCCGAGAGAUCUGGAGGGGGAAGAGGAGGAGUUAAAUGAUGGCGAGGAAGAAACGGAGGAUGCUGCCAGAGAUGAGGAAGAGGAGAAGUUGCUGGAUAACGCUCCGACGGUGAAGCCACAGCUGAGUACUCAACCAGCGCCAGCAACACUCCAAGAGCGUCACACAGAUACAGAAGAGCAUAAUGCGAAGGACGAGCCCGACAGUGAAAACCUCUUCACCAAACUCCUCGCCUACCUGGACAAAACCCCCUUCUCCGCCUCCUCUCCAUCAACCAAAAACCGCAACGACAUCGCCGUGGAGACACCCCAGGGCCAACAGGUGGGGCUGGAGAACGUCCAGAGUCGUACCAGCGAGGCGGGGAUGACGGUGCAGAAGAAGGACGCCACCCAGUCUGUGGAGGAAGUGUCGGAGGUGGAGGGCUGGAUCAAAGAGGUGGCGCCUCCUCCCGCCGCGCUCGUGUACGACAAGCCGCACAAGAAGACGAUGCACGUCCCCGAGCUGCAGCUGGACGUCAAAACCAACAGGAAGAAGGCCGACGACGACGUGUUCGGUUACGUCAUCACAGACACAGACGCGCUGCAGACAGACGAAGGCCUCCACCUGAUGGAGAUCCUGGCUCGCAUGUCCAAAAUCCAGAUGACGGACUUCGCCGAGCUCUCGGUGGUGGGCCCUGCUGUAACCUUCAAAGUGAGCCUGAACACUCAGAACGUCAGCACCGCAGAUGUGGCCAACGUGGCUGUUCAGAAGAAAGUGGCUCUGGAGAAGGAAGCCAAAGUCAACAUCCUGGAGGCCGGCGUCACUGAUGGGAGCCAGAUCAACCAAAUCCCCACCAAAUUCAGCCAGGCAGAGUCCACCAAGUUCCUCAUCCUCACCGUCGUGUCCAUCUUGUGCAUCGUCGGCGUGCUGCUGGCCUCCACCGUCGUCUACUGCCUCCGCCACCGCUCGCACCACAAGCUCAAGGAGAAGCUCACCAACCUGGGAACGGAUACUGGCAGCGAUGCUACCGCCACCUAUCAGGAGCUCUGUCGGCAGCGGAUGGCGGUCAAACCUCCAGCUGAGCGUCCGGAGCCCAUUUCCUCCAGGAUCAACAGUGUGUCGUCGCAGUUCAGCGACGGCGGUCCGGCUGUCAGCCCCUCAGCACGGAGCAGCAUCUCCUCCUGGAGUGAAGAGCCUGCUCACUCCAACAUGGACAUCUCCACUGGUCACAUGAUACUGUCCUACAUGGAGGAUCACCUGAAGAACAAGGACCGCCUAGAGAAGGAGUGGGAGGCGCUGUGUGCCUACCAGGCCGAACCCAACGCUUGCACCGUCGGCUUGAAGGACGGCAACGCCAAGAAGAACCGCUCCACUGCUAUUGUGGCAUAUGAUCACUCCAGGAUCACCUUGAAGGUGGAGAACAGCCAAGGAAACUCAGAUUACAUCAAUGCCAGCCCGAUCAUGGAUCACGAUCCCAGGAACCCGGCUUACAUUGCCACUCAAGGCCCUCUGCCCUCCACUGUGGCUGAUUUCUGGCAGAUGGUAUGGGAGAACGGCUGCGUGGUCAUUGUUAUGCUGACGCCACUCGUCGAGAGCGGGGUGAAGCAGUGCUACCAUUACUGGCCCGACGAGGGAUCUAACCUCUACCACAUUUACGAGGUGAACCUGGUGUCCGAACACAUCUGGUGCGACGACUUCCUGGUUCGUAGCUUCUACCUGAAGAACAUGCAGACCAACGAGACACGGACGGUCACUCAGUUCCACUUCCUGACUUGGCUCAACCAGAACGUGCCGGAGACUAGCCGGACGCUCCUCGACUUCCGCAGGAAAGUUAACAAGUGCUACCGGGGACGCUCGUGUCCUAUCAUAGUCCACUGCAGUGACGGCUCAGGAAGAUCUGGGACCUACGUCCUGAUCGACAUGGUCCUCAACAAGAUGUCUAAAGGUGCCAAGGAGAUUGAUAUUGCGGCGACUCUGGAGCACCUACGAGACCAGAGGCCGGGGAUGGUGCAGACCAAGGAUCAGUUUGAGUUUGCGCUGACGGCCGUUGCAGAGGAGGUGAACGCCAUACUGAAAGUUCUUCCACAGUAGGGAGGAGCGCCU